CGGAGACUGGUUCGGUUGUCCUCGUUUAAUCGGUGAUAAACGAAUGGCGAUGUUUUCUUAUAUUUUAGUUUAUGUGUACGAUCAUAACUUUGACUAACCGAAAUGGACAUGAUGGUGGUACUAGUAUGAUAACCAACUUGUGAAACAGGUUCAUCAAUACGCAGGGUCAACUCACAAAUAAUUUCUUCUUCUCCGAAUGACAACUUGUUGAAUAUACAACGAAAUGCAGCCAUAACGAAUUUCCUUCGUUUAGUCGUCGGUGUUUGUAGGAAGUAUGUACUUUUCUUUCUAAAAUAAUCAAGAAGCUUCUCUUUGUACAUUACAUUUUUUUUGACUCAAAUGCAAAUGAUUCAAUUCUUUUUGAAUUGACAAGUAUGCUCAAAAUUUGAAGUCAUAGAAACGAAAAAUAUAAUAAAAUUAAAAAAUUUCUCAAAUCCUAUAAGAUAUUUUUGACAACAUCUUAAAUACUAAAAACGAUUCUGACACCCACUGUUUGCAAAUGAGGAAGCGAUUUAGAAGAGAUGGAAAAUUAGAGAGUAGUGAUGAACAAAGAAGAUGGUAAAAGUAAUGACAUAAUUAACAUAACAUAAACGAAAUAAUAUAACAUAAUUAGUGAAUUUGUAGAGGAAAAGUACGAAUUCGUGGUCUAUAUAAUUAUAUCUCUUAUAAUUUCGGUAAGAAAGAUCAAAGGAGUGGGCUUAUAUAUGUGCGUUAACACUAAUUUGGGCUGAUCAAGUGAAGCCGAUUCCAAAACUGAAACUAGCAACUAGUAAGUGAGCUCAUAUGGGCUAGUUUAAUCCAACAAAAGCCCACUCACUUUUAUUGGUAAAAAAAGCCCACUAAAUAGAGUUCUAUUGUGUGACUGCAUUUCUCGAUCAAACAGAGCGCGGGAGCCCGGGCGAGGACUGCAGUCUGCAGCCAUGGUCCCAUUUCCUCUCAAACACUUUCCCGCCGCCUACAGAACCCGUUGCUCGAUCUCAAUCCAUUAUCUCCACUUCUCUUCGUCCUCUAACCAUUUCAACCUCUCUUGCCUUCUACAAGGCCGCUCUCCGCGCUCGCACGUACUUCAAAUCCACGCCAGAGUCCUACGCCUGCACGCCCAUCAGGACAACUUGAUCGCCACUCGCCUCAUCGGCCACUACCCAUCCAUCGCGGCUCUUCGCGUCUUCGAUCAGCUCCAAUAUCCAAACUUGUUUCCCUUCAAUGCCAUAAUCAGAGUCCUCGCUCAGGAAGGUCGUUCCUUGGAUUCUUUCCUUGUGUUCCGGAGAUUGAAAUCGGUUCCCUCUCUUUCCCCCAGCGGCCUCACUUUUUCUUUCAUUUUGAAGGCGUGUUUUGUUUCAAAGAGCUCACUUUCCGUGAAGCAGAUUCAGACCCAUGUCGUGAAAAGUAGAUUCUCGGCCGACCCUUUUGUUAGCAAUGCUCUAAUUGUUGCGUAUGGGAAGGGGGUCGAUGAUGUAGGAUCCGCGCGCAAGGUGUUUGAUGAUAUGCCCGGUAAGAGAGUGGUUUGUUGUUGGAAUUCUUUGAUUUCGAGUUAUGUCCAAGUGGGUUCUCCGGAUGAAGUUAUGGGGCUGUUCUGUUCCAUGGUUGAGGAGAAUGUGAAGCCCGAAAGUGAUACGCUAGUUAGUGUUCUGUCAGCAUGUUCUGAACUUGAAAUUGACCAGAUUGAGAAAUGGGUUUCCCUUUUGUCUGAAUUGGUUGGAAGGACUGGUGGGGAUGAUGAUUCCAUGAACUGUGUCCUCGUCUAUCUGUAUGGGAAGUGCGGAAGGACAGACAAGAGCAGGGAAAGGUUUGACUGUAUUGUCAGUGAUAGGGAAACAAGUGUGCUUCCUUGGAAUUCUAUGAUAAAUGCUUAUGUGCAAAAUGGACAACCUUUGCAGGCUUUGAAUCUUUUCCGCCUACUGGUAGAUGGUGAUUAUGGUUGUAAACCCAACCAUGUAACAAUGGUCAGUGUGCUCACUGCUUGUUCUCAAAUAGGUGACCUCGAGCUUGGGCAAUGGGUACAUGAUUUCUUGAAAACUAGAGGAUGUAGAGGUGUUGUAGAAUCGAACAAAAUUCUGGCCACUGCGUUGAUAGACAUGUACUGCAAAUGUGGGAGUUUAGACAAGGCAAAGGAGGUUUUCAGCAAGUUGACAUCCAAAGAUGCCAUCUCUUUCAAUGCAAUGAUAAUGGGGCUUGCUGUGAACGGUAAAGGAGAGGAUGCAAUUCAUCUUUUUGAGAAGAUGCAAGACUUUUCUCUUUACCCAAAUGCUGGAACGUUCCUUGGUCUUCUAUGGGCUUGCAGCCACUCGGGAUUAUCCAAUAAAGGACGGCAGAUAUUCAAUGAUAUGACCUCAGUGUUUGGAAUUCCUCUCAGGAUGGAACAUUAUGCUUGUUAUAUUGACAUUCUUGCCCGUGACGGUCAAUUGGAAGAAGCUGCCAGUGUUGCUGCAUCCAUGCCUUUUAAGCCUAACAAUUUUGUGUGGGGGGCAUUGCUUGGAGGGUGCCUGCUUCAUUCCAGAUUGGAUUUGGCUCAAGAUGUUUAUAACAGGCUUGUUGAAGUAGACCCAGAUAGUUCUGCAUGCUAUGUGAUGUUAGCAAAUGUUUUGGCUGGUGAUAGACGAUGGGAUGAUGUGUCUGUCCUAAGGUGGUUUAUGAGGGAGAAAGGAGUGAAGAAGCAGCCAGGGUCUAGUUGGGUCAAUGUCAAUGGCAUUGUCCAUGAAUUCGUGGUGGGUUCUGCAGCACACCCUCAAAUGGCGAGCAUAUAUCAUACACUGCAUGGGUUGGCGAGUGAAAUGAGAUUCCUAACUCCUUAGAAACACAGAUUUUUUUUAUGGACUGAUUGCAUCUUGAAGGUCCCUCCCUCCCCACCUCUUCUACUUUCGAGCUCCAUAAGUAAAACCGAACAGCUCUUUAAUUACAGCUUCUUGGUAUGUAUCGUUCAGGUGAGUCAGUGGAGGAUUUCGGAACCAGAUAAGACAAGAAAUCAGAGGAGUUUAUCCUGAAAGAGGGACCUGAGAUGGUAAUCAAUGCUAUGACUUGCCGCAAUUAUAGAUAACAAAUUAUCAUGACAAUGCUUUUUUGUAGCUCACCUGCAAUAGGUUCUUUCAGAUUGCUGCAUUUAUCGCUGAGCCAGUUGCUGGAGGCAUGAUACCCCCUCCUGCAACUUACUUUGAGAAGGUGAGACAUCUAUGCCCGAUACUCGCAAGGAACAUCAUGGAGUAUACGACAUAAAAGUUCAAUGCUUUUCCUGUCUUUUAUUCCUAUUUGUGCAGUUCUCGUUAGUCCUGAAAUAAAUCAAGUGAUUUACUCUCAAAGCAACAAGCUUGGUAUGCUGCAGCAAGUGACUAUAAAAGGGGUGAAAAAGAAAAGAAGCUUCCGUUUCUUGUUGCUGUUAUUUAAUGAUUCGAACUGAACUUUUCUUACCACCUAAUAUGCAGGAUACAUUUUCUCAACGAUUUACCUACUCCGACCAUCCUGUUGCAUGUGCUGUUGCCAUUGAAGCCCUCAAGAUAUACAGGUGGGCCUUUACUCCGCCGUUCUAUACUACAUUUCCACUAGAUCAAGGUCUGAGUCCCGGUUUUCGCUUGACUGAUACUUCGCAUUGCCACUCACAGGGAAAGAGAUUCCUUGGCAUGUGAGCAUCAUUGCACCAAGGUUCCAAGACGGACAAUGGCUAUCAACGUAUCGGACCAAGAACCAUGGGAGUCAUGAUGCCCCAUCAUAGGUUAGACGAAGGACCACUAUCAUUGUGUUUCCUUAACAUUUGAUCAGAGAAUUACUCCCAAGUUCCCAACGAGAGGGACUUGAUCAUGUACUAGUAUGUUACCCAACUUGUCAAACAACAAAACGAAUUCAUCCCUAUGCGGAUCAGGGCUGUGCUUUGUAAGCAAGUAAGUUUAGGGGCCUGUUUAUGAACUAACCCAAAGUAAAGGGACCAAAUAUGU